AUGAACCUAAAAGAGGACGAACAAGGAUUAUUGAAUUCGGUUAGCCAAAUCAAAAAAAUUAUCCAAGGGGAAAUAAAUUCCGGUAUCGCAGCAGCAAAAAUUAUGGUGGUAGGUCAUUCCCAAGGAGCCUCAGUAGCCUUAGCAGUUGGUUUAACUUCCGACUAUCGUUUAGCAGGUAUUAUUGGUCAAUCAGCACAAUUACUCAAAGGAAAAGGUUAUCAAGUGGAAUUUGACAACUACUAUAAUGGUGGUCAUUUUUUUCGUCCAGAGAAACUGCAAGAAAUAAUGACCAAAAAAUUAAAGGAACUUCUCAGUUAA